AAUGGAUUCAGCAUUGAGACAGCUCAGCUUUUCUCUCUGCCAGCCCUCAACAUGAUAUGGACCGGAGAACUGGAGACAAUGGAUGUAGAUGGUUGAAGUCAAAGGGCUUCCACAAGAGAAGACUAUUUUUCUUCCUGGAAACCUAACAAGCCAGCAGCUCUGGCAUCCACUGGGGAUGGCUUACUGAGAGAAGUCAAGCCAAAGACACCUACAGUAAUACUCAGCCAUGUCGAAAAAGGGGCGUAACAAGGGCGAAAAGCCCGAAGCCCUGAUCCUUGCUCUACAAGCUGCAAAUGAAGACCUCAGGACUAAAUUAACAGAUAUUCAAAUUGAGCUUCAUCAGGAAAAGUCAAAGGUGGCAAGACUUGAGAGGGAAAAGAACCAGGAAAGCAAGAGAAUAAAGGAGCAAGAGCAACACAGACACACAGCUACUGUUUCAGAGCUCAAGGCAAAGCUGCAUGAGGACAAGAUGAAGGAGCUUCAAGCUGUAAGGGAGAACUUAAUCAAACAGCAUGAGCAGGAGAUGUCUCGGAUGGUUAAACUAAAAGAGUCAGAGAUCCUGCGGCUCAAGUCUGCUGUAAAUGCUCUACGAGAUGGCAGCAGUGACAAAGUAAGGACAGCUCUUACAACAGAGGCGCGUGAGGAGGCCAGGAAAGUGUUUGACUCUGAGCGCCUUAAGCUCUUACAGGAGAUCACAGAACUGAAGUCUGCUAAGAAACAGGUGGAUGAGGCCCUCAAUAACAUAAUCCAAGCUGACAAAAUAAAAGCUGGAGAUCUAAGGAGUGAGCACCAGUCCCACCAGGAAACUAUUGCAAAAUUUAAAUGGGAAAGUGAGAGGGACAUCCGUAGACUGAUGGAUGAAAUUAAAGCAAAGGACAGGAUAAUAUUCUCCCUAGAAAAAGAAUUGGAGACACAAAUUAGCUCUCUCCAGAAACUGCAGUUGCAGAAAGAAGCUUUGGAUGAGCAAUUAUUUCUGGUGAAAGAAGCGGAGUGUAAUUAUAUAGGAAGCCCCAAACGUGAAAUCCCAGGAAGGGCAGGAGAUGGAUCCGAGCACUGUGGAAGUCCGGACUUGCGAAGGAAUCAAAAAAGAAUGGCUGAGUUAAAUGCUACAAUCCGUAAACUGGAGGACAGAAAUACUUUGCUUGUGGAUGAGAGAAAUGAACUGUUACGGAGAGUCCGAGAAGCAGAAAAACAAUGCAAACCUCUCCUAGAAAAGAACAAGUGCCUCACUAAAAGAAACGAUGAAUUAAUGCAAUCCUUGCAACGUAUGGAAGAGAAGCUGAAAACCCUUUCUAAGGAGAAUGCAGAGAUGCGAGAGAAAAUCAUAUCCCACCCACCAUUGAAGAAGCUGAGAUCCUUAAAUGACCUUGAUAAAGCUGAGGAGGAGCAAGAGAUAGAAUUCCUGAAGUUACAAGUGGUAGAACAACAGAACAUCAUUGAUGAUUUAACAAGGGAUAGAGAAAAACUUAUUAGACGGAAAAAACAUAAAAGAAGUUCUAAGCCUAUAAAGAGACACUUGGUGGACACUGUAUUUGGAUAUGAUGAUGACUCCAUGGAUUCUGAAACAUCAUCAGUAGCUUCCUAUCGAACAGACAGGACGCCAGCCACACCGGAUGAUGAUUUAGAUGAAAGUUUAGCAGCAGAAGAGUCUGAGCUAAGGUUUCGUCAGUUGACUAAGGAAUACCAGGCAUUGCAAAGGGCCUACGCUUUGCUCCAAGAACAUACAGGCAGUAUGAUAGAUGCAGAGAAAGAGACACAGAUUCAAGAACAGAUGCAAACAGACGCCGUACGCUAUAAAGCCAAAAUUGAAGAUCUUGAAAAGGCAUUGGCUGAAAAGGGACAGGAUUCCCACUGGGUGGAUGAAAAACAGCUUUUCAGAAAACGAAAUCAGGAAUUAAUAGAAAAGAUUGAGAAACUGGAAUCUGAAAAUAAUCGUCUACAACAAGAACUGCAAGAUGCUAGAGACCAGAAUGAGUUGUUGGAAUUCCGCAAUUUGGAGUUAGAAGAGCGAGAACGAAGGUCGCCUGCAUUCAAUUUACAGAUUCAUCCAUUUUCUGAUGGAGUCAGUGCCCUACAGAUUUACUGCAUGAAGGAAGGUGUUAAGGAUGUCAACAUACCGGAUCUAAUCAAACAGCUAGAUAUUCUGGGAGACAAUGGGAAUCUAAGGAAUGAAGAACAGGUUGCCAUAAUUCAAGCGAGCACCGUGCUGUCAUUGGCUGAGAAGUGGAUACAACAGAUUGAAGGUGCUGAAGCCGCACUUCAUCGGAAGAUGAUGGAGCUGGAGAGUGAUAUGGAGCAGUUCUGUAAACUGAAGGGGUAUUUGGAAGAAGAACUGGAUUACAGGAAGCAAGCACUAGACCAAGCAUAUGUGCGAAUACAAGAUUUGGAGGCCACCUUGUACAACGCAUUGCAGCAGGAAUCGGUUAUCAAAUUUGGAGAGUUACUCAAUGACAAGCAACAAGAUGAACUGAGAAUGGCUGUGGAAAAACUGAGGAGGCAGAUGUUACGGAAAAGCAGGGAAUUUGACUGUCAGAUCCUGCAGGAGAGGAUGGAGCUUCUCCAGCAAGCUCACCAGAGAAUAAGAGACCUGGAAACAAAAACAGAUAUCCAGAAGAGACAAAUUAAAGACUUAGAGGAAAAGAGUUCUAGGAAAUAUGGAUGAAUCCUUGCAAAAAGAUCAUCGCUUCCAUAUUUGCAGAAAGGAGAACGUUGUUUACACUGGUACUGCAGUGACACAAGACCUUGGAAUUGGAAGCAACUGUCCCUUAUCUGGUAUGUUUUGUUGCAGUGUGGCCAGUUGGAGGUCACAAUAUACAUUCUACACUCAGUGGAAAUGUAAGCGCUUAUUCUUAAAUAGAACAUAUGUCCUGAAGAGGAUCAACAGGUCAAUAGAAGAAUGCGUCUUGGGCAUAGAACCAAAGCUAAUGAGAAACAAUCUACUCCCUGCUGUGCAGGGGAACACUAUUAAUGUAACACCAUAUAUCCAAUGAAAGAAUUAGGAACAAAUAAGCUGCAAAUGGACAAAGCUGGAGACGUAUCCCCAUCCCGUCCAGGUCAUUUACAAUAAAAUAUUCAUUGAUUACAGUCUGGUUUACUUAAUACAGGGAUGCUAUUCGUCUCAACUCAGGAAUAGUGACAACUAAAAUGUAACUAAAGUCCGGUGGGUAAAUAGGAUUUACCAGUCUAACACUGAAGACUUGCUGGGC